AUGUUCAGACGUUCCAUGAAGGCCGAGGAGCCGCAGAGACGCGUAUACGAAGGAAAUCUAUACCAUUCAGCACCACAGUAUCCAAAUGUCUCAAUCAGCAUAAACCAGGUGAGUUUCUUUGUGUUUUUGUAAUAAAUGUGAUGUCCUUUUUUCGCUUGAGUAAUUUUAGUGAUGUGUAACACUUUAGCACCCAACGCCAGCCUCAUCUUCAGCUCCGAGUAUCUCUCCUUAUCAAGUGAGUAAUGUCCGGACAUCUCCCCCGUCUUCGGCACCCCCUCCUCCUCCAGUCCCCCCUGCCCCUAGGAACACCCUGCCAUCGAAUCCCAAUUAUCAUUCGAUCCCCAAUCGUAAUUCUAAUUAUGCGUAUCCCCAUGAAUCCAUUUGGUUUGACAAGUUCGUCCGCCGAGAAAACCGGGGUAUGCUGAGAUUAUGCUUAAUCGAGCUAUUCUUGGCCGCCGUUGUCUUGGCGGGUGGAAUCUGGUGUGCCCGGGACACCCCUGAUUACUGUCCUUACUACAGUGCCAUCUGGACAUCGACCAUCUUCCUCAUCAAUGCCGUGGUAGGCACUGUUGCUGCGAAGACCGGCAUUCACAACACUUACAUCGCCCAUCUCAUCUUAUCCAUACUUUCCAUCUUCAUGUGUAUUAUAAGCAGUGUGCUAGCUUUCAGGUAAGUUUUUUUUUUGUAUUUUGAUUCUACAUUUAGGGCAUUGGAGUAAUGUAAACAUUUAAAUUUACGUGAGUUGUCGCUUGGCGGUUUGCGUAAUUACCCAACUAUAACGAAUCGACUCCUUUGAUGGGUGACAUUGGGUCAUUGGGUGAUUAAUUACGUCGUUAAGCGGUGCUGAAUUGGGAGUGUUACCCACGUCGCGUAGGGGACACCUCGCGUAUAUCAAAAUUUUAUAAUGAAUAUAUGGCCAAGGGUAUAACGUUGGGAGCAAAAAUUGGCCAAAUCUGUAAAAAUCUGGCCUGGCUGUUGUCUGAUACAAUUUUUAAAACUUGGCCAUACCUUGUGCGACCUUAUAACUUGCUGUAAUUUGGCCUAGCUUUUCAAAAUCAAAAUUAAGCCACAUUUUGCAAAGCUUGGCCAAAUUUAUAUGCCCACACGUUGUACUGAACGCUUCAGAAUUCGGUCAAUGUCACAAGUCCAGUGUUCCGGGUAUGACGGUUCUCGGCAAUUUUGUGAUCACGCGAAAUGGGAAAAGCGACACGCGUGAAGUGUCCUGAACGCGAAUUGGGGGUUCCCUUUAAAAUUAUGUAAUUUUUAAAUUACUUUAAAGUUUAGAAAGAAUUACAAAAAAACGAUGAUUUAUAAUAUGAAUUACAAAACGAAUCUAUUCUUAAUUUUUCAGAAAUUGGACCUUGAUUGGGACACACCAUCAUCCCAAGGUCUCCCGGGACACUGCCUUCUGUCUGCUGGGAGAACAUGACACCAGCAGGUUGUCGUACAUCUUCACCAACAUGGAUCAAUAUGACUUCAAGACUUGUCUAUUCUCUCUUAAGUUGGGUGUUGGAGUUAAUUCUGUCCAAUUUUUAGUGGCCACACUUCUGGGACUUCUGAAUAUUUUCUCAAUGAUAUUCUGUCUGAGACGGGUCUGCAGAAGAAAGUAAUUCAUGUGGAUGGUGGUGGUGAUAAUGUCUUCUUUGUGAUCUCUUAUGUCUAGAAAUGGUGACUUACAUUUGUUCACUUUUUUUGCAAAAAAUUGUCCUUUUGUUAAUCAACGGAUUUAGUAACCCUUUUCUUUUGACAAAUUUCUUCUUUGGUUCGUAAAAGGUCGUUUUAAUAAAAUUUUUAUAAAUAUGAUGAAUGGCUGAUCCUGUCCUCGCCCAGUCCGCCUUUAUUAUCAAUGUCAAGGUUAUCAGAAUCGUCGUGACCAAGAGUUUAAUCGCAACAUAACUCGGUCAGGAGAUCUCUAGUUUCUCGAUCAUACGAUUUCUUGGUGAUUUCGUAUGGGAUUAAACGGUUUUUCAGCAAACGGGUAUUAUUUUAUUAGAAGAGAUCCCGCAAUAAUUAAUAGUACAGUAAAUUCAUUACGGGGUCGGGCCCAGAAGAGCGAUGAUGGAUGGUUCCGGAUUUUUGGGGCCCGAGAAAAAGGUGGAAGGGUUUGGGUAUUAAUGAAGAGCGCGCCGAAAUGCAUGACUCCGGGGUCGAGCCUCAAUUCCAAACAGAAUGGCCUCGGGCUUGAUACAUUUUCUUUGCUUCCAUACCAUUUCCUUCUUCUACAGCCAGUUGAUUCCAGUAAAGUGAUCAGUGUUUGGUUCGUCAUUCUUUGCAUUUCGGCUUCAGUCUUCACCCCAAGAGCGAAAAAUGUCUCCCAAAGAGUUUCCGUAGGCCAAGGUUAUUGUUGACAUAGCCGUUUUUUGAUACAGACACCUCCAAAGCACCUUUUGCUUUAUGGUUCCUAUUUUUAAUACUUUGCCUGAGGGGGAAUACGCGUCUCCCAAAAGCCGAUAUACUGUGAUGGAAUUAAAAUAAAAUCACCUGUAGCCGAAACCCCUCUUUCUUUUUACUGUAUUUGACAAUUAAAGUAUAGAAAUCAUAAAAAGAGGGCUCUCCAAUUCUGGAUUUUAUUUGUGUGGGAGUCCCCAAUUGUCCCCAAUAUAACGUUUUCCCUCGACCACUCACUUCUAAUUAUGUGAACUCUGAAUUAGGCACUUGUCCUGUGGUUUGGCGUGCGUUGCGGCACCAGAAAAAUGCGGCCAUCUUCACGGCCCAUCAUGCUCAGUCUUAUGAAGAAAGGCCCGGCUUCAUAAAGUCUGUCCUUUUUGUCAAGCUUCGAGAUGAUGCGGUUAUGGCGGGAUGUCAUGCUGCCGGAACAAUAUAAUAUUAUUUUAUAUGGUCUCCAAACGCAUAAUUAGAGCUUCCCCACGUUCCGCAAGCUUCCACAGUUAUAUAUGUUUCAAGUUUUCCGUUAAACGUUUUGCACGUCUGCUGGAGUGGGAACUGCCAAAAAAGGAUCAUAACUGUUUUCGUUGAAUUCCUCCACACAUGGAAAGAGUUGUCGCGCAGCAACGCUUCUCAUCGGAACAUUCCAAUUGACUUGUCAUUUGUUUUUUCCAGACAGUUGGCCUCCAACUUUGCCUGAGGCGACGUGUGAAAGCGCGAGAUUAACAGAGAUUGGCAGGUGCCGGCCCCAAACUCCUCGGUCAAGCUUCGCCUGGCCGGUCAGUUGGCGUGAUUUUUAAAGAGACGGGCCGGAAAACCAAAAUAUAAAACAAAGAGUGAAAAACGACUCGGUUCGUGCUUGAGGGGCUGUAAUCGCCGUUUUUACCUCAUUCAGUUUAAUUCCGGUCUCGGUUCAGUCGACUGAAAGUCGGCCGAAAGUUUUGGUCCUUUGCCUCGCAGCACAUUUUUCAGUCCACAUUAAUCCAUGCUUGAUUGGAGUCAUACUCUACUCCAUCUUUCCCUCCUCAAAAAUUUCAGACCCUGCAGGCAUAAAACGGGAUGUAAUUCAAGCUCCGCGAGCAUUUGCGAUGAAUAUCUUUGUUUUAAGGAGCCCCUUACAUCAAUGUUCGGUUAUGUAAUAGCAAGACCUGCCGUAAUAACUAUUUGCUUUUUAUGGCUUUUCAAGUUUUAAUAUCGCUCAUGUUACAGUAUCACAACGACCAUUUCAAACCUAAAACGGCAUCGAGCCCCCGCUGACGGGUAUCUGGAGGAGACUGCCCUCAGCGGUGGUGGAGUGGGGCCAGCCCUGGAGUUCGAGCAAGCGCCCCCUCUCAAAAAGGCGGCCUUAAAUGUAAGUUGUAAUUAGUAAUUGCUGGAAAAAGUCGCCUUAUUUCGCAUUCUCUGGCUUUGCGUAACCUGAAAUUCCAAAUACUUUUUGCGACAGCUGAUUUUUUCUGCACUGUUUUAUAGGAGCUUUGCAACAGAUCGGGAGGGAUUUGUGCCCGAAGCCAUUAAUUUUAGAGUAGGGGCCGCCAACCAAAUACUGUUCUUUUUCAGCCAAUCUUCCAAGCACAAUGUAAUGAAAUGCCGAGUUUAUCGCUAGUCCAGCCAAAUCUUCUUUUGUCAGCCAUUUCCCAGGCCAAUCCAAUCAAUCAAGCCGCACUAAUGCCGAUGGCCCUAGGGUCUCUGCAGCCGACUCUCCUCCCUUCCAAUGUUCUCCUUCCUUCAUUGUCGUAUUCAUUCCAAAACAAUUUAGUCAACUCUCCUUAUGCCAAUUACCCCGCUCUUCUGACCCAACCAAGUGUCUCCAGUUCCCUGACCUUUGAAGGAAACCCGCUCUUGGCCUUCCCCACCCCGGACAUCAAGGUUGACCCGUCUUGUAAGUUGAUUAAUUAGCUGCCGUAAUUAACUCAUUCUCUUCCAGCGCUUUAUAAUGUUUUUGUGGGCGAUUUGGGACAAGAUGUGGAUAAUAAUUCCCUUCUCAGCGCAUUCAAAAAAUUUGGUCAGAUUGCGUAAGUUAUUUGGGAAUACAGUAUGCAUUGCAAAAUUGGGAUAUCAUGCAUAUUACAAAUUCAUGGUUUAGAGAAGCCAAAGUAAUCCGAGAUGCCCAGUCGAUGAAAUCCCGAGGUUAUGGAUUCGUAACUUUCUGGAAACAAGAAGAUGCCCAGAAGGCAAUUGACGAGAUGAAUGGCCAAGUCGUUGGGAAAAGAGCCAUCAGAACAAAUUGGGCCACAAGAAAAAAUAAUGAAAACAAAAGAAGCACUACCUACGAAGAAGUCCUGAACGCAUGUGAUGGCGAAAACACUUCGGUUUAUCUCGGCAACAUUGGCCCUGAAGUGAGCGGUAGGUCCUCUUUGUUUGCAUUAAAGAGAUCGAUGAACUAUUAAAUAAUGGCGCAAAUUUUAGAAAACGAUGUCCGAGAGGUUUUCUCCAAGUUCGGAACAAUAAGACAAAUCAGGAUGUUCAGUCCCAAGAACUAUGCCUUCGUUGUGUUCGACACCAAAGAAAACGCGGCCAAAGCCAUCCACGAGUUCGGCGGCCAAGAACUUCGUGGACACACAAUCACCUGCUCCUGGGGGAAGCUCUCUGAUCAAACGCCCAAAUCUAAUCCUCUUCUUGUAUUCGCCAACAUGAACAGAUUAAUGCAGCCUCAAAUGAAUGCCAUCUCUCAGUUAUAUUCACCAUUUGUACCGAACUGGCAUUGA